UCGUUUUGGUGGCAGAGUUGUGAAAUACUUCGAAACAUUGAAAUGUAAUUUUAGAUUGAGGUUACCACAUAAGAGGAAGUGUUUCACAGAGGAAGCAGAUGUUUCAACGGUUAUUUCAACUUAUACCAAGUGUUGAAAUAAAUUUAAAGUGGUAGUACAGACUUCUCUGUGCACUUCACAUGUAAACAACUAGAAAAACAGAAGAAUAUGUAUAAUCUGUAGUAAAUAUUGUUAAAAUUAAAUCAUUAAAUCAUUUAACCUUCAUCACACUUUCACAAACAAAAAAAGUAAGCACAUGUAAAAUGUUCCUAAACCAGAAACCAAAGCCUGUAAAAAUCUCAUUUUCCUCUUGAACCUGAACUUAAACUCAGUUGUUAAAUAAGUAUAAAAGUAUUUCUGUUCUUCUGCAGCAAUAAGAAAUGUCUGACCGGAGGAAGAGAAGGAAAUGUGCAACAAAGACCAGAUCACCUGAAGAGCAAACAGUUUGUUCCCAGAAGAAUGGAGCGGAGCCAGCAGGCCCCAGCGGCGUCUCUGUUAGAAGUCAGAGGUCAAAGGGUCCGCCAAUCAACUUUAGAAAAGCCAGAUCAAAAUGUCAGAAAUUCAGCAAGGAGCUGAGCAGCUGCUCAGUAUGUCAAAAGGUUGUGGAGGAUUUGCUUUAUUUUAUUUGUGGACAUCCAUCAUGUAAGAAGUGUUUGAGUUUGAGCCUGACUGACUUACCGACAGACUCGCCCUGCAAAAAGUGUGGAGACACAUUUAUGAAAAACACACUCAAAGACGGAGGUAACAGUGUCAUUCUGGAAGCAAAGAUGAAUCUUAAAAAAGCAAUGAAAAAUAAAUUCACUAUGACGUCUGAAGGUAAUGGUGAUCAUCACAGUUCCCUCAAAAGCAUCUACACAACCCUAUUCAUCACUACUGGAGAUAAUGAUGGACGAAAUGUGGAACAUGAGUACAGACAGCUGAAAAAUGCUCAUAAAAACCAACCAUUGCACGACUCUACAGUCAACCUGAGUGAGCUCUUCCAAUCGGUGCCUGCCCAGGAGAAACCCAACAGGACAAUCCUGACAAAGGGAGUUGCAGGAAUUGGAAAAUCCUUUGCUGCUCAGAAGUUCAUUCUUGAUUGGGCUGAAGAGGAAACAAACCAAGAUAUUGAUUUUGUUUUCAGUCUUGCUUUUCGAGAGUUAAAUUUGAGUGUAGGAGAGAAAAGCCUCCAUGAGCUGCUGACUGAGUUUCAUCCAUCUCUCCGACCUCUGAAAGAUUCCCAGGAUUACGCCAAAACAAAGAUCAUAGUGAUCCUUGAUGGUCUGGAUGAAAACAGAUAUCAGUUGGACUUUCAGAAAUCAGACAAAGUAACAUCUGCUGAUGAUGUAGCUUCUGUAGGUGAUCUUGUUGUAAACCUGAUCCAGGGUAACCUCCUUCCUGAUGCAAACAUCUGGUUAACGUCCCGACCAGCAGCAGCCAGUCAGAUCCCUGCAGAGUACAUCGACAUGGUGACAGAGAUAAGGGGGUUCACUGAUGCUCAGAAACUAGAAUAUUUCACAAAGAGAUUUGGUGAUGAUUCGAGUCUCACUGAAAGGAUAACAUCCCAUAUUCAGUCCUCACAAUCCCUGGACAUCAUGUGCCAGAUCCCAGUCUUCUGUUGGAUUUCUGCUGUCUUAUUCCAGGAAGUCUUCAGCAGAAAUGAAGAGACAGAAAUCCCCCAGACUCUUACAGAGUUAAUGGCACAUUUUGUCUUUGCUCAGUCAAAACGUAGAAGCAGAAAGUAUGACAUGAACCCUGAGAAAAACAGAGAGAAGCUCCUGGAGACUCACAGAGAAUUUCUUCUGAAACUUGGGAAACUCGCGUUUGUCCAGCUUCAAGAAAACCAACUCAUCUUUUAUGAGGAAGACCUGAAAGAUUGUGGCAUUGAUGUCGGAGAAGCAAUAAUCUACUCUGGUUUAUGUAACACUGUUCUCCAGGAAGAGGAAGUCUCCUCCCAGAAGAAAGUCUUCUUCUUUGUGCAUCUGACUCUUCAAGAGUUCUUUGCUGCUCUGCACGUCUAUGAAUGCUUGAAAACCAAGAAAACCAACGAACUUGGGAAGUUCCUUUCUGUGGAAGACAAAGAUAUUCCUUUACUUGAGCUUCUAAAGAUGACAGUUAACAAAGUGCUGGAGAAGAAGAAUGGUUAUUUAGACUUUUUCUUGCGAUUCCUGCUUGGCCUGAUGGUUGAACCCAAUCAGAGAUUCCUUCAAGGUCUGUUGACUCCCCUUGACGAAUGGGAUGACACAGACAAGAAAAUCUUAACUUACCUGCGAUCACUUCGAAGAAAAACCAUCUCUCCAGACAGCUGUAUCACCAUCUUCCAGGCCAUGACUGAAAUGAGAGAUCACAAAGUCAAAGAUGAGAUUCAGGAAUUUCUCAAACUGUCUGAUCAUUCAAAAAUGGAACUGGCUCCUUUGCACUGCUCUGCUUUGGCCUACAUGCUGCAGGCCUCCAAGAAUUAUCUGGAUUUACUGGAUCUGAAGAGCUACAACACAUCAGAUGAUGGCAGAAGAAGGUUAAUACCAGCUGUUAGGAGCAGCAAAAGAGCUGUGCUUGCAAAUUGCAAAGUUACGAAGGAUUGGAUGGUCUCUCUGGCCAUUGCCCUCAAGUUUUCCUACUCAGCUUUGAGGAAUCUCGACUUGAGUAACAAUGACCUGAAAGAUUCAGGAGUGGAGGGGCUUUGUGGAGGACUCUCGAGUAACUCCUGCAAACUGGAAAUACUAAGGAUGUCUGGUUGUUGGGUCACAGAGAAAGGUUGUGAUCAUCUGGUCUCAGCUCUUCACUCCAACCCGUCACAUCUGAUGGAGCUGGACCUGAGCUACAACCAUCCAGGAGACUCUGGAAGCAAGAAGCUCUCUAAGCUGAGGGACGAUCCGCAGUACAAGCUCAGAAAGCUAAACCUCGACUAUGGAGGAACUCACAGAUUGAAGCCUGGCUUUAGAAAAUAUGCCUGUGAACUCACUUUCAGUCCUGAUGCAGAACACCAGAAGCUGGUUCUGUCUGAAGGAAACAGAAAGGUGACCUGGAUGGAGGAUGAUCUCCAUCCCACAGAAAACUCAGGUCACCACCAGCAGGUGCUGUGCAGUCAGGGCCUGACAAAGCGCCACUACUGGGAGGUGGAGGUCUCUGGAUCUUUGAGCAUCGGGGUCGCAUAUAAGGAGGCCUUAAGGAAAGACAAAACAGGUGAUAUCAGAAUGGGGCGCAAUAAGGAUUCUUGGUGUUUGGUUUGUUCAGAUGGUUUUCAUGUUUUGCACCACAAUGACAGAGUAGACGUGUCUUCUCUUGGAAUGCGCACCAGUCGGUUUGGGGUGUAUCUUGACUGGCCUGCUGGUACUCUGUCUUUCUACAGAGUUUCCUCUGAUAGUUUGAUCCAUCUUCAUACUUACACUGUGGCCUUUAGUGAUCCUCUGUAUCCUGCAGUUGAACUUAAUGCCCAAUCAUCUGCUCUAUUUUGUCCCCUAAAGUGAUUUAAUUGGGUCCUGCUCACAUGUCUACAAUGCUGUAAAAAAUCUUUCUAUGGAUUAAUCUGUUCUUGUUGUUUUUUCAGACCAUCAAACAAAUUUUAAAUUGGCUGUUCCAGAUUAGCAUAUCAGGUGCUAGGUCAAUCCAAAAACUUCAUUUAUUUAAGAGUUAAGAGGUGAACUUGCUGGUGUGCAUUGGGUCAUUGUUCCCCUACAAACUGAUGCUGGUCAUUCUCCCAUAGACCAGAAUACAUGGAUCCAUCAGUUACCGCAAUUAGUCCUUAUCCUGAAGGCCUAAAGCAACCCCAGACCAUCAUACUACUACCUCCACUUUUGCCUCUAUUCUCUUACUGAAAUGCAGGUUUACACCAGAUGUAUUGGUACGCACACCAUCCAGAAAGAUCUGCUUCAGCUUUCCAGUCAUUUAAACAUCAUCAUCUCAAUCAUCUGAUCAUCAUCAAGAUGUAUUUUGGGAAAUUGUGAAAUGGCUUUUUAUAAACUCUUUAGUUUUGGCAAAAUCUCUCUUUCUUAUUAUCAAAUCAAGUCCUCUGACUUUAAUUGAGGCAAAUAAGCCCUGAUGUGCUUUAGAUGUUAUUCUGACUUCUUGAUGUCUUGUUUAUGUUGUGAAAUGGAUUACAUUCAAUUGAUUUAUUUACUUGAAUAAAGAGGCAAUAAUCCGGCCUCUGUGUGGUUUGUGAAACUAAGCCAAAAACUUUGGUUAAUCAAGUUAAUUUCAUGUUUUAAUAAGGGGAUAACAGCUGGGGAAGUUGGUUUGGAUAACUUUUUUUAAUAGUCAUUGUUUCUUCAAGUUUUCCCUUUUGCAGUUAAAGCCUCAAACAAACACAUCCUACAUUCUUCAGCUUUCUUCUGCUUGUGUGUUAAAUUAGAAUAAAGUUUACAAUUUCUUCCUAGGGAUUACAUUGGUGCUUCAUUUUUGUUAUUAGCAAGAGCAUUUUUAUUGUCAGUCAUGUUUAUUUUACUGGUUUUACAUUUCUUAAUGUAAAACCAAUUCAAACAAACUUAGCUUUGUUUGAAUUGGUUGAUCUGUUUGGUUGUGAAUUGAUUUUUGAUUUUACAUUAUUUUUGCUUUCACUGUGGUUGGAGUUUAUUGAAUUUAACAGAUAAAAGUAUAAAACUGGAACAUAAACAAACAUAAACAUUGCUCAGCAAAUUUAUUCCUAAAUUUCAGAAAACUGAAAAGAUCCAAAAACUGAAAGAGGUAUUGAAGAUGCAGCAUAUCUUCAUGGCAGCUAGAGAAAUGUUUGUGAUCACAGUAUUUGUAUGUAACAUUUUCAUGUCAGUUUAAGUGAAAGAAGUGUCAUACCAUGAUGUGGUAACUUUGCUAUUUGAAAAGCAAGUACACAAUUUAAUUAUGAACAUUUUAUGAAAUGUCUGUCUCAUAGCUGAAUGGGAAUAUUUUUUUUUAAUUUGUCCUUGUGACUUGGUGCUUUAGCUCAGAGAAAAGCAUUACAAACCAAAAAGUGUUUUUGUGUGAAGUGGAACAUGUUCUCUGUGCAGCAUUUGACCAAAUAACUGUUCUUCUCUUCAAAGUUCCUUCUUGAAAGAAAUGAGACCUAAAGAACAAUCUGUGUCUCCUCAUUAUUCUGUUGUAUGAGUUAUAAAACAUCUGUGAAGCCUCUGAUUGAUGUGUGAUGGUUUACCUUGAUGUCAGUCUUUUUAAAAAGUGUUAUCUGGGUUCAAAAUGUUUUAUCCAAAACAUCAAAUUGUUCCAUUAAAACUCUGCUUGGUGCUC